ACAUCGUUUGCAUGAGAACUUUUCAAGAAUUCUCGAGAACUGUCAAUACUCAGUUAACAUAGAAUUAUAAAUAGAAAUAUUUAGUAGAAUGAGUUUAUUAUUUUUUUUAGUCUUAAAAUAUUGUUGGUAUUUUCAUAAAAAUUAUAUUUGAGAAGUGAAAUUUCAAAAAACAUGUCUGAAUAUUACAAAGUUAAUAUUUUCCGUAGAAAAUUAGCAGUGGCAUAUAAUGACAAUUUAAGAAAUCAGUCACUAAAAAAGCUCUUCGGGAAUUAUCUUCGCAAGUUUUCAUCUAUUACCAGUAUACAUGGUGUGAUGUAUCUAGGGGAACCAAAACGACCACUUUUUGAAAGAUUGUUUUGGAUCAUUAUUAUGUCAUCAGUUGCGUUUAUUUGUGGAAUUCAGGUUUAUCAAAUUUUUUUUAAAUGGAUGCAAAGUCAAAUGACUGUAAAAGUACGCCAUGAUAAAUACAAUUUAUCAGAAUUUCCGUACCCAGCAAUAACUAUUUGUAGAGAUGCACAAUUACAAAAUUUAGAAAAAAGAAAUGACACCAAUGAAAUUUCAUUCAAUGAAUUUCAAGAAACUGUACAAUUGUUAUGCAAUCCUUAUGAAGCCAAAAAAAAUAGGACUAUUAAAUGGAUUAAUUCAAAUGUAUUGAAAUUAAUUUUGAGUGAUCAUGGAGUUUCUUGUAAUGAAUUUAUUGAAAUAGUUCAACUUCGACGUCAUAAAUUUGUUUCACCUUGUCCAUAUUUUCAACCUAUUAUAACUUCAUAUGGUCUAUGUUAUUCAUUAAAUAUGGUACCUUUUCAUUCUUUAUUAAGCCAAGGCUAUCGUAACAUGUUAUCAUUUGAAAAUCACCCUAUACAUAGUGACAUCAUGAAACAUAGUGAUAUAACAUGGUCUCCAGAUAAAGGCUUUAAAAAAAAUUCAACUUCAUUUGAUAUUCCUUGGAAAAUAGUCGAAGGUUUUUCUAAGAAUUCAAUCAGCUUGGCUUUAAACUUCGAUAAAAAUAAUAAAAAAAAAUGUUCCUUGAAAGGAUCUGGUUAUGUGUUAAUUUUGCACAGUCCAGUUAAUGUUCCAAAUAUGAUUUUACCCACUGCUUACAUAUUUAGAGAUGAAGCGUUAUAUGUAUCUACAGUAGUUAGUGCUUGGCCAACAUCACAGGGGAUUUCAAACUGGAAACCAAGACAACGAAAGUGUUAUUUUCAACAUGAAAAGAAAUUGAAGUAUUUCAAAAUUUAUACUGAAAAUAAUUGCGAUGUUGAGUGUAGAGCUAAUAUCUCAAUAAAGAAAUGCGGUUGUAGUGCAUUUUAUCAUCCACGAGAAAAAGAUACGCCUUUCUGUGGUAAAGAAAAUUAUGGAUGCAUGGAGAGUUCUUCAGGUUAUUCAAUAUUUGAUAAAAAUUUCCCGGAGAGUUUCAAAGAUGAAUGCGACUGUUUACCAGACUGCAAUGAAGUUAGAUAUGAGUUUAAAGUUGUUGAACUAUACAAAAAUAAUACACCGACUGAGAAAAAAUCAAAUAAGGACUCCUUUGCUUUAUCAAUUUAUUUUGAUAGAUCAUACGUAAUAAGUAUCGAAAAAACUGCAUUAUUGUCAUUUAAUGAAUUACUAUGUCAUACGGGUGGAUUUUUGGGAUUGUUUCUUGGGUGCAGCAUUAUAAGUGUGUUUGAACUAAUUUAUUUCAUUAUACGAAUAUUAAUCGAUGAAAUGAAUCAAAAAAGAUUAAUGCAAAGUAAAAUUGACGAUAAUAGUGAAUCUGUCGUCAUUACUGAUAUUAAUGUAGACGAUUAGUUAAUUAAUUUUGUAUAAUGGUAUUUUACAACUAGUUUUAAAUAAUACAUAACUUUGUUUCAUUUGCUUUAAGAAAAAUAUAUUUUAUCUAAUUGUUAAUAUUUUUAGUCAUAAAUAUUAGAUAAUUUAUUUCAAAUUAAUGGUAAACAUAACUAUGGCUUAGUCUAUAUUCUUAUGGUAUUUGAACUUAACGAAGUGCAUACAAUUUAUUCCUUAACUUACUUGAAACUGCUCUAAAUUAUUUAAUAAAGGUAUUUUUUAAGAAGCAUUAUGAAUGAGUACUGCUUUCUUAAAUAGUAAUUUCAAA